AUGGUGGUGAAAAUUAGAUAUCCAAGAAGGGCAGCUAGAGUAUGGCUUGGAACUUUUAAUACAGCAGAGGAUGCAGCUCAGGCUUAUGAUAAAGCUGCAAUUGAAUUUAGAGGUCCUAGAGCUAAACUUAAUUUCUCAUUUGCUGAUUACACAUCAAUUCAACAACACAAUACUACCACUUCAAUAUCUUGUUCAAAGCAACAACAACAAGAGCCGAUACAGUUAGAGCAGGGAAUUAAAAUAAAUGCUAAUUCUGCUGGAGGUUGUGGAUUUGUGGUGGAUGAUUCUGAAUUUCUCAAAAAUCUCCAUUAUGAGAUCACGAUUGAGAUUGAUUGUGUUGUUAGUUAUGAUUGGCUCUUAAAUUCUGAAUCUGUAGACUAUGUUGUUACGGGCAAAGUCUGCUAUCACCUUCUUCUUGACUGCCUUGUAUAUAGAGAAUUUGAUCCAUUUGGUGAAGUAGUUGAUGGCUACUAA